GGGCUUGUACACCUGGGCGUGUCGUUUCCACACAAGAAGUUUCGACACUCAUUUCUUUUGCUAUCCAGGUUGUUGUCGCUCUUUAGUGUUGAUGAUGAACGAGGUGUAAAAAAAGACAUAAAGGAAAAAAAAGCAAAAAAGAAAGCAAGGACUAUAAAUCAGCAGCUGAGGAAAAACAAAGUCUGAAUGCAUCAUCCUGACUGACAGGUCCCAGCUUCAUCACAGCAAACAGCUUAUAUUUCACUAUAAAUCGCCUGCUGGUUCUCAUCCUGCCUGUAUGCGUCACUGAGACCAUGAUAGCAUCCCAAACCUGUUGAGAGCUCCUUGACAAAAGAUGCAACCAGGAGGUCCUCCCGCCCCACCACCUCCGCCACCUCCACCACCACCUCCUCCUCCUCCUCCACCACCACCACCACCUCCAGCACCUGGUCUCCCUCCAUCCCUAAAUGGCGCAGGCUUCAUUGGCAAGGGGUCUCGCCGGAGCUCCAGGAUGCGUAAUUUCAACUGGGAAACCCUUCCAAAACACAGCGUGAUAGGAAAGCACAAUAUCUGGACAGCAGAUAAGACUGAUGGGGAAUACGAGUUGGACACGGAUCACAUGGAGGAAUUGUUCAGCCACAAGCAGGGCCAGCAAAAACUCAAGGCCUUGAACCGUCAGAGUCUGAGGGGCCUGCCAACUCCUGGCUCAGGAGGUGAAAUUGUUUCCAUCCUCAGCUCCAAGAGGAGCAUGAACCUUGGAAUUUUCCUGAAGCAAUUCAAGCGGCCUGUCAAAGAUAUGAUUGAAGAUAUUAAAUCAGGAAGUAGUCUCAAUUUUGCUUCUGGAAAACUGAAGGAGCUAUGCAAGCUGCUGCCAGACAAAGAGGAGGUGAAGCAGCUGGUCAGUUUUAAGGGUGAUCAUUUUGCUCUCCCAGAAGCAGAUCUGUUUAUGCUACUGCUGGUCAAGAUUCCCAGUUAUGAAGAGCGCCUCAACUGCUUGGUGGUCAAAGAGGAAUUUUUUCCCCUCAUGGAUGAAAUGAAAGAAUUCAUCAGCAGUUUAACGAAUGCUGGAAACGAGCUCUUGGAGUCUGAUCAUCUCCAUUCUGUCAUUCGCCUGGUACUGAAGACUGGAAAUUACAUGAAUGCAGGUGGUUAUGCAGGCAGUGCAGUUGGCUUUCGAAUGGCUUCUCUGUUGAAGUUAGCAGACACCAAGGCAAACAAACCUGGAAUGAAUCUUAUGCAUUACGUUGUGAUUCAAGCUCAGAAAGCAGACAAGGCCCUGCUUAAAUUUCCAGAACAACUUGAACACAUUGAAGCUGCAGCAAGAAUAAAUAAAGGUGAAAUUGAAGUAGAGUUUGAAAGACAGGUAAAAAAACUACAAUCUGUCAAAGUGGACACCUUGAAGCAGGAAGACCUAAAGGCACAAAUGGAGGACUUUCUUAAGGAGGCUGAGGUUUGUGUGGAAGAAAUAGAGACUGAUCUUCAGGAAUUGCAGUCAGUGAGCGACUCUGUGGCAGAGUACUUCUGUGAAGACCCAAACAAAUUCAGACUGGAUGAGUGUUGCUCCAUUUUCCACUCCUUUUGUGAGAAAUUUAUGCGAGCCAUACAGGAAAACAAGGCUCGAGAGGGGGCAGAUGUGCAGCGGAGGCACAGAGACAGAUUGCAGUGUGCUACCAAGCGUCGAUCCACAGCUACCUGCUCCAGCAGAGAAAUGGAUGGAAUUGCAUUAGAGUCUGUAUUACAGAACUUCCUCACCAAUCGUGCCUCUCGGAGGAGACUCGGGAGGCCCUCAUCCUCUAAUGGAAGCCCCACUAGUAGCAGCCCAAAAAAUGGGAGCCUAUCAGAAAUUACUUCUCAAGAAAACCUCCCUACUCUGAAUCAAAAGAGAGUUAAGGAGAUAGGCAGAAAGGAGUGGAACUCAGCAAGUGAACUUACAGAGACCUCUUCACAGAAGAAAGUCCAGUCCAAUAGCGAGGAGAACAAUGCAAAAGCUGGCAUUCCUCAUGAAGAAGAAAUGAAACCUUCCAAAGAAGAGGAGGACUUUACACAACCAGUCAAUAGGACCACCAGAAUUUCCUCCUCAGGCAGAUCUUUCUCAGCCACCCCUGAUGAUGGUGAGGAAGAUGUACAGGACAAUAAUGAGGUGGAGGCCCAAAAGUUACGUGAAGCAUCUAAAAAGGUUUUGCGCUUUCAGAACAGCCGUAGCAGCGUCUCAUCUUCGGACCAUUCUUUUGAAAAUCAGAAAUCUCCUAGUGCACGUACCAAAUUACCUCGUCAACGCACCUUCGAUGAGACCACAGAUAGUUAUCCUGGAGAUCCAACCAAUGAGGAUUUAGUUAAUUUCUUGCUCAAUACUCAGUCCUCCUCAAAACGUAACCUUGGCCGCCGCCACACUCUUCCCACUAAAGUCCCAAAAACUGAGGAAGUAAAAGAUGAUCCAUGGGCUCACCCUCCAGUCCGAACUCCUAAUUCUGCAGCGAGAGAAAAAGACAUACUGCCAGCAGAAGGUGACGGACACAGUCUUUCAAAACAAGUAUUUGUUUUUACCAAUGUAUCCCACAAAUCUCCAUCUGCAGAAGAGAAAAACAAGCCGAUGGUUUCUUUAAACCAUGCUCCAGAUGAAGGUCUUGGGGAGCAAAACCAAGACAGUAAAUCAGUGGAGACCACGAGCAGCCAUGUACAGAAGAAUAAUGAAAAUAUUCCUCCCAAGAGUACAUGGAUUAAGACCGAAACCUCUGGACUAUUUUUUAGUUUUUUAAAACGCCUUGGAGAUUUGGGCAAACCGAACAGCAAGGAAACUGUAAACAAGGGCGCUGAUUCUAGUGCAUGAGCUUUGAAAGAUAUAAAUAUCAAGUCAGGGACGCACAUGUAACUUUAGUGUUCUUUGCAGUUAACUCAUCAUGGUGAUGAUGUAGUGUUAUUUUAAAUGUCACUUUUGUAAAACGAUGAGAUUGUAACGAGAUGGAGAGAGGGUUUGAGGAAAGUUGUUAGAGAAUGUUUUUGGUGAAGAAAGAUGGUUUUUUAUGUUCUACCACUAGAUGGCAGAAUAUAACAGUAACAUGGAAAAGUGUUGUCCAGAAAAUAUGGGUGUUGUUGAUUCCCAGGCAAACUGUAUAUUGUGUAGUAAACAAAAGAACGGUGAGCACGCUCACUGUAAUUUUUCAUCCGUGCAUAAUAAUAUUCCCUUGAGAGCAUGGCAUUGUCCUCAUCUGGUGGAUGAAUGGGUUAUUACAUUACAGUGUGGGUUCUUUGUCUGGAUUAAAAUAUACUAUCUUGCAGAAUGUAUUGAGGAAGUAAAUGAAUGUUGAGCGUGAGUGUAAGAGAGAUAAAUCAAACUGUUUGUAAAAUCUUGGUUUGUUAUUUUUGAUACUUUAUGUUGUACAUGUUUGAAUUCAAUAUUGUAGUUUUUCAGUUAUUACAGUGAUGAAUAUCUUUGUAUGUUGCCUCUUUGUUUUCCUCCUCUGUUCAGAAGGUUGGGGAUGCUUUCAGGGUCUUAUUCAAUUCAGCCAUUGUUUUGGGCUUAAAUGGGUCAGUGUUACAAAGGCAGCCUGUAUCUGAGCAGAACUGAACCAUGGACUGUCCAUGGCAAAGUAAAGAGUGCUGAUCUCGAACGAACUUGAGAAGAGAUUACCAUGGCUGAAGGGCCGACACCAGGUGGCCUAUUAUAAUUGAAAGAACCAGCCUCCCUGCAUUUACCCCUGUACACGAGCAAAGGAAACGGCUCCAAUAUCUCCACAAGCUCCAUGAGGGUCAUUGAGGACACAGUGUGUGCCAACACAUAGGAGUUAAAAAUGUAAGUUCACCUUCUGGUAUCUCUUUGCAGCUCAUACCAGUAACAAUGAUUAGCUGGUAUGACGUAAAGAAAAUGACCUCCUAUUUAGUUUUACACAGACUUGAGUGAUCUGAAUGCUUUUUGUAUGUCCUUGUUAUAAAAUAUAUUUAAGAUUGGAAUAAAAAGCUAUGGAAAUUACAGAG